AUGCUCCGCCACCUCUGCGCUGCUAGAAAGCCCGUCCGCGCGCUCGAGCUGCUCCGCCAAAUGUCCUGCCCCAACGCCGUCACCUAUAACACCGUCAUCGCCAGGUUUUGUGCCCAUGACCGCGUCCAGGCGGCACUGGAGGUCAUGCGGGGGAUGCGAGAGCACGGCGGCAUGGCCCCUGACAAGUACACCUAUGCCACGGUGAUCUUUGGGUGGUGCAAGGUCGGCUGGGUCGAGGACGCAGCCAAGGUGUUCGACGAAAUGCUGAUCGAGGGAGAAGUGCAGCCAACUAUGGUGAUUUACAACAUGUUGAUCGGGGGCUACUGUGAUAGUGGCAAACUGGAUGUGGCGCUGUAA